ACCAACGACUUGAACCACACACGACCAUGAACUAAACGACGUGCGGCGCGACACCGUGGCGGAGAGUUGCCAAAGACUGACGACACUCAUGACGUCUCACUGACGCAAAAUGCAAUCUAUCCUUGUUGGUGACGUCAGGGCGAGGCUGCAGUCAUUUGCCGAGUCACAAUGAACAGUGAACAGUCACAAGAUGAACAUCAUCCCGAGGACAUGACAAUCUCUCAGCUCUGCCCAAUGCAGAGCGAGGCUUCACACCAUGGUGUGGUGUACCUGUCAAUUAAUCUACCUACAUAUCCUCGCUAUCCUCCUUUUCAGGGACGGUCGAGUACAACAGGCAACAGAAACUGAAAUACAAGACCGUUCACGAGUGGUGAUACAGGUAGGCAGUGAACUGAUACUUUCCGACAUCAACAGCGUCACCCACAAGAGGUUAGGCGACGACAAGACUGAAGUCACCUUCACCUUCUUCUUCAGACAGUUCUUCAGCAAUAUUCGAGUAGAGAUCACCUUGUGCUCAGAAACCAGGUCAGAGGUCAACAUGAUGGUGCAGGCUGGAAAUACGACUUGUCUACCCGACCCAUGGCCACGGUUCCGGACUGGAAGAGAAGACCGCUUGAGGCACUCUUUCGUCUGCUUGACCAACACCACAUCUGUCGUGCUACGUUGUCGCGGUCCUCUGGUCAUCCGAUACUUGAGAAUCUUCACCAGUCAGGUGUGUCCGAAACACCGGUAUGACCCCCCAGGCUGCAGGAGGCCUUGCAGCGACAGGUGCCAGAACAGACCUUGCGAUCAGUGGAGCGGCGCGUGCUUGCCAGCCUGCCCGCACGGCUUCCAUGGCUACGACUGCCACAGACGAUGCCGUUGCAAGGAUCCCCUCGAAGCGUGCGAUGACGUCACUGGAUACUGCCGCUCUGGCUGCACGCCUGGAUACGAUCCAGCAACGUUUUGCAGCGAACUGUGCAAAAACCUGACUUGGGGUCCAGGAUGUUCCCGCCGGUGCAACUGUAUCUUUAACACCCCUUGUAAUCCAGUCUCAGGGGUCUGCCCCCAUGGAUGUCAAUCAGGAUUCCAAUGGUUUCAUGGAAAGUGUCAGAUGAAAUGUGAGGAGGGCAGGUAUGGACGGGACUGCCGGGAGACCUGCGGCUUCUGUCUGAUCACGUGUGACGGCGACACCGGAGAUUGCGUCAGCGGUCAGUGUAAGGCCGGCUACUGUGGAAGGCGCUGUGAUGUAAAAGUGACGCCGUCCGGGUGCCCCAAGACAUGUGGAAGGUGCUUCGCUCAGUCCUGCCUGGCGGCAUUGGAGGAGUGCACCAGGGGAUGUCAGCCUGGCUUUUACGGCGUCAGCUGCGAGGCAGCCUGCCCUGAGGUCUCCAAAGGUCUGAACUGCAGUCAAGGAUGCGGUCGAUGCCCAGGUACGACGAGACCGAGGAGACAGGCACAAAACACUUGCCCACCUAACAUGUGGGGCGAAGACUGCAUAAACAAGUGUUCGGACCUCUGCCAGUGCGGCUGUAGUUCAGUGACUGGGGACUGCCUGGAAAACUGCCCCCUGACUGAAGCUCUGUCACCAAAAGAGACCAAGCAGAAAGAAGAGGUCCACUGGAUCUGGGUGUUGGUCAUCCUUAUCAGCUUGAUGACUAUAGUGUCAGCUCUCGUCUACUGUUGUGAAAGAAGACAAUUGCGAAACGGCCACGCCGAAACGGCGCAAAUCAUCUUCAACCGAAUGAUCCAAAUGCCAGCCCCCGACUCGCCCUCUGAUUCCACCUUUCAUGUGAACGCUGAACACUACAGCCCCCGGCAGCGUUUACGACUCACGCGCUGUCUGGCGAUUCUUGUCCACAAAGAUGAAACGUAUGAAGACUUCGUCCAGAGCAAGCGUUUCCACCUGUUCCGCUUCUUGCUCAACUGCUGCAAACAUAAAAGGCGAUCUCCAGACAAUGUCACAGUCCAAUUUGUUGAGGACCACGUCUCAGUCUCCAUCCCUGUCGCCGACAGCGACCCAGAGGCAGGCACAGCGGUUGAUGGCGUCGUGGACGUGCGUGAGACCACACCGGGGGUGCACACCGGAGGUAUUCUGAUUAAAUCCUCGGAAGUCGCCUCUAGCCACCACAAACGGGGUUUAAGUGUGCACUUCUCCCCCUCUGUUCUGAGGAAAGAAAAAAGCGAUGACUAGAAGAAUGGCGUCCAGGUGAAGAUCCCGACUGCCGACCAGAGCGGAUCUCCAAACCCGCAGCAGUCACCUGCUACCAGCUGAGAUUCUCCGUGUCUGGACUCCAUACUUCGAAGUGUGUUUAAGACGGUGUCUUCCCGUCUGCUUCUGUGCAUCUGCUACCAGCUGAGAUUGUCCAUGUCGAGACUUCAUAUCUCGAAGUGUGUUUUAGAUAGAUGGCGAGACGAGAACAAGAACCAGGAAAUCGAUUCGAAUGACGGGAGGGAGGACCCCAGUGGCUGUCGUCUGUAGGAGACAACUACAUGAGGUAUUCGCCUCGAAGGAUGUCUCCGCCGAUCACCGUGCGAACAUCCAGUUCUCUGCCACGGACUGUCCUAGCACCUCCGAAAGUAUUUUCACCAAAUGAUGUGCAAAUAUUCUGUCUAAAAACAAAAUGUGUCAACGUCUCGACUGGUACACACCCUCUCAGCUGUGUCAAACGCUCUGCAAGUGUUUCCCCUUGAAUAAGUCAGGUUAUCUGUGAGUAUGUCUUAUCUCCCCCCGAAUCUGUGUCAAGAUUUUCACAAGUGCUUGCGCCAAAUUCUCUUAACUCAGUAGUCAUGGCCGAACUUGAAGAACAUAAGACAGAGGGUGGAGGGCAUAGCCACAGCUUGGGACUGAACGGCCCACAAGUCUGGUGACUGGUAUCGCGACAGUCAUGCAGAACUGGACUCAUCUGACUAAAGUUAUCUAGAGACUACAACGUAGCUGUCUAGAAUUAAUUAUGUCUUUUGGUGAAGCUAAUGCUCAUCGAAUCAGCAAUAUAUUUUCUCGUUAUAAAGAUGUAGAGAUUAGAACUAUUUCCCUGUCCCUACUCAACCCACAACAACCCGGUAGAGGUGAUGGGGAGGGGGAAACAAAAGUUUCUGGAACAUUAUACUGUAAGAGUCUAUCGUGUUCAUUUUCAUUAUCACUAGAUUCUGAGAUCGUGAACCUAGUUCUGCAGGCUGUUCCACAAUCACUUCCAAUCUUCAGUUGGCUUUUACUUGACAAACUCGAGUCAGUAUGGUUGGCUGGCUGGCUGGCUGGCUGGCUGGCCAUCUGUACGUGAAUACAGUUUUAGGUUUCAGCUUUAGUAACACGCAUCGUCUACUCUCUGCUGUCGCUGGGGUUGAUAGUAAAUUCACACUUGUGAAAGGUCUGGGAAGAAUUCACAGUUUUCCUUCUAUGUUUGUCAUUUUCCACCUUCCUCAUUUGUUUGACAUUCAGAUAGACACACACGCUAGCGCGCAGACCUAUCCCUGUCUCAGACACACAAACACAUAUUCUACCUUUAAAACAACCACUCAGUUCAUCUCACGAGCAUCAGGCAUUCGUUCUGUCUUUUUUCUCUAGUUCUCUUUGAAACCGUCUCCUUCCCUCAAGAAAAAUGUGCAGGGGCAAAUUCUAAACUUUGUCCAAUGAGCUCAGACUUCAGACCGAAAGGGCAGGGUAGAGCGAGCACCCUAGUAGACAGAAAGAAGCCCAGGACCAAAGGGCCCCGCCUGGCAGACUCGUCGUCUCCGUGGUGUUAGCCAAGCAAACUGCUGGUCAAAGGACGGUGCUGGCUCCGCUGCUGACUACAGUCGCUGACUCCUGCCAUCAGCGAUGGGCAACAGGGAGCGGCUAACUGCUUCCGCCUGCGUCUUCACCCGCCAAGUCCCAGCAUCCCUUAAGGUCAACGGCACAUACCCUGCAUUGUCUUGCGGUCCUGCCAAGCCGGCGCGGCGUCACAGGGGCCACACUCAGGGCUUUGAAGACCCGCCAUUUCCGCAUUUCCAGUGAAGUGCUGUCCACACGACACAUUGCCCGCCGGUUGAAGGGAGGGGACCGGGGCCAGUUGUUUUAAAUGCAUUAGUAAAGACCUUUUAAAGGAGCUGACAUAAUAAAAUCUUGUCACACUA